AUGCAGAAACUGUGGCAGCUGGGUGUUGACUGGGAUGACGACCUUCAUCCAGACGUAAAGACUGAAUGGAAAAGGUUCUUCACAGAAUUGGAGAGCCUCAAUGGAGUAUCCUUCGAGCGAUGUCUGAUGCCAAAGCCAGACCGUCCUGUUGAGCUGAUAGUAUUCAGCGAUGCUUCUGAAGAGGCAUUCGGUGCUGUGGCCUACACACGAUGUGAGAAUGACGACAGGACAUUUGAGGUACGAUUUGUAGCUGCCAAGUCACGGGUGUCCCCACUGAAGUGCCUAACUAUUCCAAGAUUAGAGCUACAAGCAGCAGCAUUGGCGAGUAGACUCUAUGCAUCUGUGGUCAAGGAGACAUCAACCGAGUUCGCAAGAGCUAUAUUUCUGUCAGACAGUGUAAUCGUCCUCUCGUGGAUACGUAGGCAGUCACGACAGUUCAAGCCGUUUGUGUCAAACAGAGUGGCAGAAAUCCAGAGCCAAACCGAUCCGUCCGACUGGAGACACAUCCCAGGAGAGAUUAACAUCGCAGAUAAAAUAUCAAGAGGUGUCAGAGUCCAAGACUUACAGGGCAGCUGGAAAGAUGGUCCAGAGUUCUUGAGAGAGCCUGAAGAGAAAUGGCCUAAGUCCUUGCCAAAAGCAGAAGAAAGUGAGGUGGACAAAGAGAAGAGGACGGAGAAGACCGUACUACUGAUGAAGAAAGCAGAUGACCAUGAUGCAAUAGACUGCAACAAAUUCUCCAGGUGGAGAAAGCUGAUUCGGGUAACGGCAUAUGUGUUCCGCUUCAUCUUAAACUUGAAAACCAAGCGCAGAGCCAAUGACGGUCCGUUAACAGUUGAGGAGUUGACCACUGCUGAGAACCACUGGCUGUUUGAAGCACAGAAACCACUUCAUGAACGACUGAAGAAAGGGGAGUUCAAGUCUCUCAGUCCAUUUGUAAGGGAUGGAAUGAUCCUUGUUGGUGGAAGAGGUCAUCAUGGGAAGCUCUCCUAUGACAGGCAGCACCCUGUGUUACUCCCUAGAAGCCAUCACGUGUCAUACCUGAUCACAAAGGACAUUCAUGAACGUGGACAUUAUGGAGUCGCAACAACUACGACCAAGGUCAGAAGCAAGUACUCGGUGACUGGUGGCACAAGCUUGGCCAAAAAGGUGAAGUACAGAUGUGUUAUGUGCAGAGCUUUCGAACACAAGCCAGAGAUGCAGUACAUGGCCAGUCUGCCUAGUGAGAGGAUGGCGCCGUUUACCCCACCCUUCUACUAUACAGCUUGUGACUACUUCGGACCAUUUGCAGUCAAAGUGGGCCGAAACAAGACUGCUAAGAAUAUGGAGUAA